GCGUCAAGGCGCACGGGCUGAAGCAGGUGCAGCGCUGGCGGCGCGGCUUCAGCGACCGGCCUCCGCCCUGGAGCGACGCGACUCUGGUCGAGACGAUCGACCGGCGGUACGACCUCUACCGCGGCGGCGACUUCCCCCCGCGCUCCGAGUCGCUCGAGGACUGCCAGCAGCGGCUGAGGCCCUUUCUGUACGGCGAGCUGGGCGAGAGCAUGCGUGCGGCGGUGGACGCGGCGCUCGCCGACGCGGAGGCGGGCGGGGGCGAGUACGAGGUCCCGACGGUGCUGGUCGUGGCGUCGGAGAAUGUGCUGCGCGGGCUGGUGAUGGAGAUCGAGGGGAUGACCCAGGAGCAGAUCCCGCUCGUCGACGUGCCGUACGCCGUCCCGCUCGUCUACCAGCUCGAUUCGGCGCUGACGCCCGUCGCCACGCCGUGGGCCGAGCCGCCGCUUCGGGCGGGGUGGUACUUGGGGGACCCGACCAAGGUGCGCGCCGUGCAAGCCGAGAUCCAGGCCGACCUCGCCGUGGAGGACGCCGACGACGAGGAGGAGGCUUGCCUCGUCGAGAGCUUUGACGACGAGCGCGGCGAGAGCGUCCGGGAGUGGCGCUGCAGCUGACAUGGCGGGGGGGGGCGUUGCGAUUGUGCGAUCGUGUUGGCGCCUUGUAGCCUGCUUGUAGCAUGGGCGGCAGUCCGUCACAGCCGAAAAAGUACGGGAAUCGCUGUGUCGGUGUAGCGUAAGGUCAUCUCAUACUCUGUUGGUGAUGUAAACAC